AUGGACGAGCAUCAUCCACGUCGCGGCCUGCUGGACCUGCCGUACGAUGUUCACACCAUCAUCAGCGGGUUGGUGGAUGCUACAAGCCGUCUCAGUUUCGUGAGCUGCUCAAAGCGAGCUCGACUUCUUUGGAUGCAUGCUGUGUUCAAAAAGAUCCGCCUCGAAGGCACUCAGACGGAACUUGUCGAUGACCUCAUGCUCUACCUGGCGGACCGAUCGACUCUCGUGGAUCACUUACGACACGGCCUCAAGUCGCUCACGAUUAUCGUUCACGUUACCCCAGUGUACAUGAGACCUCACGGGGUUACAUGGGAAAACCUGCUCGAUCUGCCUCGGAAACAUCGCUACAAGGAGUACGACCUGCCGGGCCUCAUCUGGGAUGUGCUUGCCCUAAAUCUCACGGACUUCAAUUCCUUUCAGAGGUGGUUGUUCACAGAAGACCUUUACCCCUGGGGAGGUUUCCCCAAGGUCAAACACCUCAGGGUCGUCGGGCUCCCUAUGCUUGCAUCCACGGUUAUCUGUAGAUGUACCACCAAGGGGGGACUGGAUUCGCUACAUCUGUACUCGGGCAUUUCAAGUGAAAGUGUACAGAUAGCGUCUCGGUGUCAGCAGAGUUUGAAGCGGCUUUCACUGUUGAUAGACACCAACGUCAACGUCACCGACCUUCCAACUGAGCACCUCGAUCGAGUCAACCCAACCAUGCGCCCAGCCCUUCUCAUGGACAUUGCCAGACAUUUUCCAACACUCGAAUGGCUUGUACUGGGACCUUCAUGCAUCAAUGCCCCUCGUCCAUUCAAUACGCAGUCUGAACAUCGAUUCUUUGAGAAACAUGCACGCCUAUUCCUCCUCGCCAUCAAGAGCUUUCCCACUCUCAAACGCAUUGCUUUUGCACUCCCAGACGCUCAGAUUGGAAACAGGAUCGUCCGCGGCAUUUAUGACGGAUCGGAGCCCAUAGUCACGUCAGACGAGAGAGACAAUUGGUCGAAGAACCUGAUAGAUUGUUUCAUGAAAGAUGGUCUCCAGCUACAGCAGGUGCGAGGUAUCGGCCCCACAUUUUUCCCAUGGCACUUAUCGAGUAGGGGUUUCUUGGGGGCAGGUUUGGGGUGA